AAGAAUUAUCAAUAUCUUCUUUGACAAUGCUUUCAAACUUCUGGUUGCUCAUUUAUGUACUAACUUCGUCCUUCUUUUUCACUUCUCAUUCAUAUAAUAACAAAUGCCUUCGUCAUCAGGAAAUCUUGUUGCUUCAAUUCAGGGAUGAGUUGAUCUUCAAUUCUACUCUUUCGACAAAACUGGUGCGAUGGAAUGAAAGUGGCGAGUGCUGCUUGUGGCAUGGUGUGGAAUGUGAUGCUUCUGGCUAUGUCGUUAGUUUGCAGCUUGAUGAUGAGGCCAUUUCUGGUGGAAUUGGUGAUUCCUCAAGUCUCUUCAGAUUUAAAUAUUUGCAGAAGCUUAACCUCGCCUACAAUUUCUUCUACCACACUGACGUCUACACUGGUCUGGCCAUUCCAAAAGGUAUAGGCAAUUUGAUCUAUUUGACACACCUGAAUUUGUCAUAUGCUGGUUUUGAUGGGCAGGUUCCUUCUGAAAUUUCUACCUUGACGAGGUUGGCUAGUCUCGAUAUCUCCGGGUAUGGUUACAUCAUUCCCGAGAAGCCAAAUUUGGAGAUGCUUGUCAAAAAUCUAACAGAGCUUAGAGAGCUCUAUCUUGAUGAUGUCAGAAUCACUUCCUUGCAUGAAAGGAAAAAUUGGGGCCAUAUUAUAUCAUCACAUUUACCCAACCUCACCUCUUUGAGCUUGUCUUAUUGUAAUCUGUUUGGCCCUUUGCCUAAAUCCUUUUGGCAACUUCAUUCCCUUUCUAUUCUUCGACUAGAUGGGAAUGAUCUUUCAGCGGUUGCACUUGAUGACUUGUUCACCAAUUUUCCAAGUCUGACCACCUUGACUCUUAGUGACUGCAAAUUGAAUGGUUCUAUUCCAUCCACCUUUGGUAACCUAACAAAGCUGAUUCAUGUCGAUUUGUCUUCUAACCACUUUACAGGCUCACUUCCUUCAACAUUGUUUGCUAACCUAACAAAGUUGAUUCAUGUUGAUCUGGCAAUGAACUCAUUGACAGGCUCACUUUCUUCUACAUUCUUUGAAGGUCUUUCCAAUCUCCUUCAUCUAUAUUUGUUGGGAAAUUCAUUCUCUGGUAACAUUCCCCGCUCUCUUUUUGCUCUCCCUUCAUUGUUGGAACUUGUUCUUAGUAACAACCAAUUUAAUGGCACUUUUCAACUCAACCACUUACAAAGCCUUCCCAAUCUCACAGUGCUUGGUCUAUCCGGGAAUAGCUUGUCAGUAGAUGUUGGCAACUUCAAUUCGAGUUCAUCUGGUGGUUUCCAAUUAAAAGUGUUAGACCUAGCUUCAUGUAACUUGUCCAAGUUUCCCGAUUUCAUCAAAUAUUUGGAUCUUGAAAGAUUGGAUCUCUCAAACAAUCAUAUUGGAGGGGAAAUACCUAGUUGGGUUUGGGGAGCACAACUUGAGCAUUUGGACCUCUCUUUUAAUCUUUUUACACAUAUGCAAAAGCCUUACCUCAUCCCUGCUUCUCUUCGAUUUCUAAGCUUGGACUCUAACCAGCUUAAGGGCAAGUUGCAGCUACCCAUUCCACUUGAAUCUCAACUUCAAUACAUAGACAUUGCUAAUAACAGCUUAAGUGGCGAGUUGCAGCUACCCAUUCCAUUUAUGUCUAAUGUAGAGGACUUGUUUCUUGCUGAUAACAAUUUAAGUGGAUCAAUUCCAACCUCCCUUUGCAAUGCCACACACCUCCGUGUUCUUGACUUGUCUGGAAAUAUAUUAAGUGGCAGCAUACCCCCUUGCCUACUUGGAAACUUUUUUGCACUCGAUCUGAGUCGAAACAACAUCAGCGGUGACAUUCCAGAUGAUUUUUCUAUGGGUUGUACGCUACAAUAUAUUAAUCUUAAUAAUAAUAGUUUAGAAGGGAAGAUCCCAAGGUCCCUCAGUAGCUGCCUGUUAAUGUACAUGAAUGUUGGGAACAACAUGUUGAACGACACUUUCCCGUGCAUGCUAGCACCGAGCUUGCUUGCUCUUGUUUUGCACUCCAAUAGAUUCCAUGGGUACUUAAGAUGUCACAUCAAUUGGCCAAAUCUCCAAAUUCUAGACGUAUCAUCAAAUAAUUUUAGUGGAAGUCUAGAGUCAAUCAAUUUCUCUAGUUGGACGGCUAUGAUGCUACCUAGCGAUGGAAAAUUGAGAGGCGGCACUUAUGGCAGCAUGUACAGCUCUAUCGUGACAUUAACUAUGAAAGGGCAAGUCGUGGAGCUUCCCUACAUUCGGUUAGACUUUUGUACCAUUGAUUUGUCUUCCAAUAAUUUUUAUGGAAAGAUACCAAAUGCAAUUGGUGAUCUUACCUCACUUCAUCAACUCAACUUCUCCCACAAUUCCCUCAAUGGAAUCAUCCCAAAAUCAUUUGGUCAACUGAAGAAUCUCGAAUCACUUGACCUCUCAGUGAACCAACUAGCAGGCCCGAUUCCGGAGGAGCUUGGAGGGCUGACAUUCCUUUCAAAAUUGAAUCUCUCCUACAAUAAGUUUGUUGGAGCAAUCCCAAAAGGGCGGCAAAUUCAAACAUUCUCAGCUGAUUCAUUUCAAGGAAAUCCGGGGCUAUGUGGUUUCCCUCUCGACAUAAACUGCAUUAAUACUAAUGUGCCACCACCGGGAUUUGAUGAAAAUGGGGAAGAGAAGAGGGAGAUAGAGUGGGAAUACGUGUGUGCUGCAGUUGGAUAUGUUGUGGGAGUAGGAAGCAUCGUGUGGCUGCUUUUAUUCUGUCGAAGCUUCAGAGAGAAAUACUUCGGCAAAAUAGAAGAGGUUGUUGAAGACAUGUUCAUUGCUAGAGACAUGAGAAGAAGACGUGCAAGAAGAGCAGCAGCAGCAAUGAAUCGAGUCAGGAGGCAGUAGUGUUGGAAAUGUUGCAUGUGUUUUAUGUAAGAGAGUGAAAUAAAAAGGGUUUUAGCUUAGCUUAUGCGGCAUCCUUUGUGUUUGAUUGUGUGCAAGUUUUUAUCUUAAAGUUUGUGGGUUGUAAUGAUAUGAAGAAUGGAAUGAAACUUCAAGUCAUUCCUAUGUAUUGAAUAUCAGCCUUUUUUGAGUUAA